AUGCGCCAGGACGUGCCCUUUGAGCCUUUGGCACCAACAUCUCUUCCGGAGGUGCCUUGCGGCGUGGCGCGGCAGAUGUACUGUGACUUGAAGACGCUCAAUGCUGCGGUGAUCCAGUUGAUGAAACUGCGUCACUACCAGCAGGGACACCUGGCCUCGACCAAUGCAUCUGCUCCAGGAUGA